UAUAUAAACACUACAUGCAAACACACUCAAAAUGACACGGGUAACUAUUACUGUUUUGUUUCGGUUUUAACUGUUAUAUUCACACACUAAAUAAAAAGUUAUCUGCAAAAGAAGAAAAAAAGGAACACAAACGGGCGCGUUGCUAUGACAACCAGCGCAACAAUGGUUGUUGUUAUUAGCAACCAAACAAGCGUUUGGACCUGAAGGCUUUGGUUAGCUAGCUAGCUGUUAGGUUGGCUAGCAAGUAGUUUAAUUACGGUAACUAAUAUCUACGCCACAUAGUUAUUUAUUACGUAAACAAUGGACUCGAAUUCGUUAUACUAUUCUUUGGAACUCGUUGCCGGUAGCGGAAGUACUUUAAACGUUGAGCGAAGAACCGCACUGCAGACUUCAUUGGUGAUCCUGAAAAAAAACUACAAGUUCCAUCGAGUCUUGUUUUGGGGCAAAAUAUUGGGUUUAAAGGAGGAUUAUUUUAUCGCUCAGGGGAGAGGAGAAGAUGAACUGCAGGAUAAAAAGAAUCUCUAUAGCUUCAACUGCAUGGACUGGUUCCUGCUCCCUCCUGCCACCGAAUCUAUGAAGGAGAAAGUGUCCAAAAUCAAGAGUCGCUUCAUAGGAGACCCCUCAUUUGUGUAUGAGCACAUUGAGAUCCGCAGGCAAGGAGAGAGGGAUGACGCUACAGAGGAGGUAGUGAUUAAGGUCAAUGAGGAGAGCCGGCUGGCAGUGACAGUUCAUCAGAUUGAUGAUGAAGUGUCCGUGGUACCACGUGGAGCCUUCGUCAAGAGUCCACAUGGCCUUGUCCAGAUGAACCGCAGCUUUGGUGGUCUGUCUCACUCAGAAGCAGGGAAGCUUGACAACUUCCUUCACUUCAGCGAAGCAAAGAACCUGAAGAAGAAAUCCAUCCUGGAAAUGGGUGAUUUGAACCCAGCCAUUGACUUCCUGGAUGUACUGAGUGAUGACAUUCCUAAAGGAUCGUGGAGUCUUCAGCUUGAAUGUGCCAGCAAAGUCUUCGUGCUUCGCAGCCUGUUGUGGCUUGGCCUGAGCUUCUACCAUGUGCCAAUGACACCUCAGCAUGGAUACGUGUAUAUCGGUGAUGGGAUCAAGAAUUUGGACCUUCCCUUCAUGCUAUAAAAAAAUAAAUUAAAAAAAACGACAUUUCCUGUUUCAAGCUACAGACUCAUGUGUCUCUGUUGUUCACAUCAACUCUCAACAUGUAUUCUAUGUAACACAUUGCAGGACGUUUUGUUGGUCUUAUCUUUA